UACGUUACAAUCACAGAAUGUCGCGAACCGUUUUGCCAAGCUUAGAGAAUUUGGAAGAUGAUGAUGAAUUUGAAGAUUUCGCAACAGAAAACUGGCCUAUGAAAGAUACAGAACUCGACACUGGCGAUGAUACCCUAUGGGAAAACAAUUGGGAUGAUGAGGACAUUGGUGAUGAUGAUUUUUCUGUUCAGCUCCAAGCUGAAUUAAAAAAGAAGGGAGUCGCUACGAAUUGAAAGUUGUCAUGACGAAGUCUCAGAGAACUACACAACUUCUUUAAUUGGAAGAACCCAUAUUCUACACUGGAACGAAAUGCAUCCAGCAAGGCUUUUAGAUUUGUAUGAACUUAAGAGGAUUCUACAAGGAAGCUAGUGUACUCUUUGAAGAAACGGGCACUAAGUUUGAUGAUGUGUUUAUGCGUUCACAAUAGAAAUACAUUACGAUUGAUAACCAAGUUUAUAAUAAUCUAUUUGUAAGUUGUAUUGUAAAACGGAGAGAAGAGUGCAUUUGCAUUCUAAAAAGGA